AUGCUAGCAGAAAUAUCUAAAGUACUAGAAAUUUUUUAUACUGUUACCUUGACAUUGUCUAAAGAAACUUCUUCACUCUCUGAAGUUAUACCAGUCUUGAGAUGCUUAACUACAAAUCUCCAAAAAGAAUAUACUCUAAAUCAAAGUUUAUUCUCAGAAAAAUUACUAUUCAGCAUCCAUAAACGAUUCCCAGAUUAUGAAAAAACUAAAUUGCUUACAAUUAGUACAAUUUUAGAUCCCAGAUUCAAGGAUAAAGUUUUUUCUGAAGAAAAUGAAAAAAACAUUGCAGUUAAUAGCUUAAAACAAGAACUUGAAUCAGUAGAUAUAUUGCCAGAUUAUAGAGAACCACAACAAUGUAACACUGCCGAGUCUGAAAUUAAUACCUAUUUAAAUGAAGACUUACUUAACGAGGACGAUGACAUCUACAAGUAUUGGUCAAGAUCGCAGUUAAGUGGAUUAAAAGAAUUGGCAAAUAGAUAUCAUUCUAGUCCAUCUAGCUCAGUAGACUCAGAGCGUGCAUUCAGUACAGCUGGUUUUAUUUGUUCAAAAAGUAGAAAUGCAUUGAACCCAGAGAAGGUCAGACAAUUAAUAUUCUGUUCAAGAAAUAUUAAAUACCUGGGAUAA